AUGCUGGAUUACAAAAUUCAGCAAUCCAAUCAUGAUGAAAUCGAGAAACUUAUAAAUCCACAAAAAACUUCUGCUGAUAAAGGCCUCCGUGAUGGAUUUUAUCUCGAUUCUUUACUAAAAAUUCUUUAUAAUUACUCAGAAAACAUCAAAGAGCUAACUACUACCUUGCAAGACAUUCAAAUAUCGAUUGCAGGUGCAUCCGAAAAAGAUUUAGAGGUCGUAAACGACGAUGAGUUCAUUUUAUAUCUUUUUCGACUGAUAAACGAACAUGAAGAAUGCGCCUCUCCAUCAUUACAGAUACUGAGUUUCCUUUCAGCGAAGUUCCCCGAUAAAAGCCAUUUCCUUAUUGAAGAAGAUAAAAUUCAAUUGUAUUUAGAGAUUUUGAACUCAACGAACUACUACGCCAUCAAAUCCUGCAAGGAUCUUGUUGCAACACUCUCUGAAUUACAUCCAAAACUUUUUUUACAAUUUUUUGAAUUUUUUAUUCCGAAAGAUACAGAAGAAGUUAUACCAUCAGACAUCAAAUACAUCAACAGUAUACUCGAGUUACUGCCGCAAGACGACGAAAACGUCAUGGAAGACCUUUGGACAUUUUUCAAGUCAAAAACAGGAACUGACAUCGAUUUAAGCAUCAACGAUGGAGUUAUUUAUAUACUUUCCCGUGCAAUACAGCUCAAUAUGCAGCCAAUUAUCAUAAGAUACUUGAAUGACCCUGAAUAUCACCAAAAAAACGUUUUGGCGUCACUUUUUUCCACAUUAGCCAUGCAUAUAUCUGUUGCAUAUUCUGUUCUUAACUCUCUUUUGUUUGUUUUACCCGAUGACUUUGAUUUUGAAAAUUUUAUUCCUUUUCCACGCGUGCAAGUCAACAUUUCGACUGCUAAAAGCGAUUUAUGUCGGUAUAUAUUGAUUUUCUUGAGUCAUCUCCUUGAAAGAGCUCCUUUUCUCGCUCAUACUUUUUUUAUCAAAGACGGAUUAGUCUUUAAUGUCAUUGAUUUCAUGUCGUAUGCACAGUUCAGCAUACAAGAAGCUGCUUGCGCGUUGAUGUCGAGGUUAAUUCAAGUUUCUGAUCCUUCAUUUUUCGAAAAUCUCGAUCAAAUGAAGAUAAUCAGCGAUUUGAUUAAUGUUUUGGAUGAAAACAGACAAGAUCUGACUGAAUUCAUACUUGUUUCUAUUUCUAUACUGUUUUUCAGGCUGCCAAUUGAGUUAUUAAGAGAAAAUUUGGAUGUUGACAUUCUUUUAUCACUUUAUGAUGCUGAUUUAUCAGAGAAAUCGUUAUUGAUACUUAAAGACAUCCUAACUGCGCUUAAUCCUUAA